AUGGAUCCAGACCAGUUUAAUCAGUUUCUGGAGCACCAAACGAAGCUGUUUGGACAGCUCAUGAUGGGUUUAACCUCAGCACAAAAAUCGUCGGCAUCCACAUCGUCAACAGCAUCAUUAGGACCGUCGUUAGGAGCGAACAUUUCGGUUCCGCAGCCAGCACCUCUAGCUCUAGAAGGCGAUAUGGAGCAAAAUUUUGAUUUUUUUGAGAGAAGCUGGGACAGCUACACAAAACCGUUGAGCUUUGGAGGUCAUCCGAUCAAAGUACUCGGACAAGUGAAGAUUCCUUGUCGUCGUUUGGGUCGAAGAUAUACGCUGGUAUUACAAGUGGUUGAAGGUGACCAUCGUCCUCUGCUUUCAGCUAAAGCGUCCAAAGUUCUGGGAUUUGUCAAGUUCUGCAAAGCGGUUACCUUCGAACCUGCAAAGUCAGUCAAGUCAUCGCGCGCACUGUUGAAUAUCUAUCGAGUAAAAGCGCAAACAAUAGUGGAGGCCCACGAUGAGAUCUUUGUUGGUUACGGAAAACUACCAGGAACAGUCUCUUUGGAAGUGGACCAUAGCGUUCCCCCAUGUAUCCAGCCACCACGCAGAGUGCCUAUAGCUAUGCGUGAGAAGUUGAAGAAAGAGUUGGAAAUACUUGAAAAGGAAGGCCUGAUCAUCAAAGAGUCUAAACAUACGGACUGGGUCAGUAACGUCGUCAUUGUUCAACGCGGUAGUCCGGAAGCAACCAGCAUAAGAAUCUGCUUGGAUCCGAUACCGCUCAACAAGGCACUUAAACGACCACAUCUGCAAUUCGUGACGCUCGACGAAAUUCUUCCGGAAUUAGGUAAAGCUAAAGUGUUCUCAACUGUAGAUGCCAAGAAAGGAUUCUGGCAUGUGGUACUAGACGAGCCUAGUAGCAAAUUAACAACAUUCUGGACACCAUUUGGUCGCUACCGGUGGACUCGUUUGCCAUUUGGAAUCGCUCCUGCUCCAGAAAUCUUCCAAAUGCGACUCCAGGAAGUCAUACAAGGGCUUAAAGGAGUAGAGUGCAUCGCGGACGAUUUGCUAGUCUACGGAACAGGCGACAGUUUAGAGGAGGCUCUUAUCGAUCACAAUAAUUGUCUGGAAAUGCUUUUGACCCGUUUAGAAGAACACAACGUUAAGCUAAAUAGAUCCAAAUUAAAACUUUGUCAGACGUCAAUUAAAUUUUAUGGUCACGUUUUAACUAACCAAGGCAUAAAACCGGACGAAAGUAAAAUCGCUACUAUUCGGAACUUUCCUACACCGACCAACCGCAAAGAAGUACAUCGCUUCAUAGGAAUGGUCAAUUACCUUAGUCGAUUUAUCAAGAAUCUCAGUGCAAACCUAACUAAUCUUCGCAAGCUAAUUUCUGAAUCUGUACCAUGGCAGUGGACGUCUGUAGAAGACGAGGAAUUCAAUCGAGUAAAGUUACUUGUAGCGGAUGUCAGAACUCUUCGAUAUUACAACGUCAACCAGCCUCUAACGAUCGAAUGUGACGCAAGUUGUUUCGGACUUGGGGUAGCUGUCUAUGUCUACCAAACAGAUGGAGUUAUUGGGUAUGCAUCGAGGACUCUAACACCGACAGAACGGAACUAUGCUCAGAUUGAAAAGGAGCUAUUAGCUAUUUUGUUUGCGUGCACUCGAUUCGACCAAUUAAUCGUCGGUAACCCAAAGACUGUGAUCAAGACAGACCACAAGCCGCUCAUCAGUUUGUUCCAGAAGCCACUACUUUCUGCUCCACGUAGACUACAGCACAUGCUGCUCAACCUACAGCGUUACCGAUUAUCCAUCGAGUUUGUUUCCGGCAAGGAUAAUGUCGUCGCAGAUGCUCUGUCUCGUGCACCCCUAGAAACGGAAUCGAGUGAUGAAUUCAAAAAACUCAACAUAUAUAAAGUUUUGAAAGAAGUGGAAGGGCUUCAACUGAGUAAGUAUCUGUGCGUUUCGGAUAGCCGUUUGGAUGAAAUAAGGACUGAGACCGGAAAGGACCCGACGAUGCAACGGAUCAUCGGCUUCAUACAGCAUGGUUGGCCCGCGACAGCCGACCGCGUACCCGACAGCGUAAAGAUAUACUUUAAUUAUCGCAACGAGCUAGCUACACAAAAUGAAAUUGUGUUCCGUGGAGAUCGUAUAGUCGUACCGCAUGUUCUUCGACGUAAACUUGUAGACAGCUGCCACGUCAGCCACAAUGGGGUUGAGUCUACAUUAAAAUUGGCCAGGGCUAAUCUCUUUUGGCCAGGUAUGUCGAUGCAGAUCAAGGAUAUCGUCAGAGAAUGUACCACUUGCGCCAAAUACGCAGCGUCUCAACCAAAUCCGCCAAUGAUGAGUCACUGCAUACCAAUUUACCCGUUUCAGCUCAUCUCGAUGGAUGUUUUCCAAGCAGAAUAUCGUGGCAUCAAACGUAAGUUUUUGGUAACAGUCGAUCACUAUUCUGAUUUUUUCGAACUAGACAUUUUGAAAGAUCUGACGCCUGAAUCCGUGAUCGUCGUCUGCGAACAGAAUUUCGCUCGUCAUGGUAAACCUCAGAGAGUGAUUAGUGACAACGCUACAAAUUUUUCCAACGCAAAAAUGGCUCGCUUUGCUCGUGAUUGGGAUUUCGAAUGGGUAACAUCAGCGCCUCAUCACCAACAGGCAAAUGGAAAAUCCGAGGCAGCUGUAAAGAUUGCAAAGCGGUUGAUUAAAAAAACGGAAGAAACUAACACUGAUUUGUGGUUUGCUCUACUACAUUGGAGAAACAUACCCAACAAGAUUGGUUCCAGUUCUGCAGCCCGUUUGUUUUCUCGCUCCACACGUUGCGGUGUGCCAACAUCUGUAAGCAAUUUACUUCCUCGAGUUGUUAAAAACGUACCUGAAGCCAUAGAACGGAAUCGUAAGUGUUUCAAACGUAAUUAUGAUAAUAAAACGCGUAUGUUACCGGAACUCCAGAUUGGUUCUCCUGUUUAUGCUCAGCUACAACCAGAAACUACGAAGCAAUGGAGUGCUGGAACGAUUACAAAUCGUUUGAGCGAGCGAUCUUACCUGGUCAACGUUGACGGUGUAGCCUAUCGCCGCAGUUUAGUACACUUGAAGCCACGUAAAGAACCGAACACGACACACUACCGUUAUUCGCUCGAUUCAACAAAUUUCAUUCCUUUGACGAACACAUCGCAACCAACUGUUGGGCUUGGAGAUGAAAAUUUGAAUGACUGUCAAGCAAAAAACUUGAAUUCGCCAGAGUUUGCUACGAUUGAAACGCCGCCAGUAGCAUCACCUUCAAUGGCGCGUAAUCGCGCAUCGCCUGCUUCUACUACGCGCGUUCGCCCGAUAAAGGAGAAAGAGACAUUAACACCUAUCGAGACUACAAAUGAGAGACCAAAACGAUCGCUUCACGUUCCUGCUAGGUUUAAGGAUUUUGAAAUGAACUUCGAUUAG